AUGUCCCAAUGGGUCUUGGCUUUCGCCAUAGGUCAGUGCCACGUAACAUACUUGAACCGUAUCUUAUACGUCAUACCAUGCACCACAGUGAAUUUUGAUUUGGAUGUUGGUCCUGUUGUUUGCGGAGUACAUCCACCGUUGUAUUUGGCCCCCGCAGAGAAAGAGAACAUUGCUUUCUCAUCCUUCCCGGAUUCCCUACAAUUCGAACAAGGCUCAGAAGUACAUUCUUUUCGCAUACAGGAUCUCGGCACAUCCCAAAAACGCGUCGUUCUAGAUCACGGUAAUAACAGACCAGAUAGCAUCGAUGGAUACCUUUAUGGAUAUUCGCAUUUUUCCCAGAGAAGAGACAACACCUCGAAGCGAGGAUACCAACAGACUUCUCUCGUUCUUCUCUCACACCUACAGUACCCUGCUCUCUUUACCGCCCUAAUUAUGAAACUUGGACCCUUGUUCCUAACCCAUGGUGUACCUAUGCUGGAAACGGCAUGUCAUAAUAUUGCCCACUGGUGCAGCCCAUCGCCGGGUUUGACUAUUGAGCUAGGAUUUCUAGGCUCAGUUCUCCAUGUCGAGUUGCCCAUGAAUGCAGACAUUCAGCAAUUGACAGAGACUGCAUCUUUUCAUGAGAAAUUUGACCCCACUUUGCAUGUAACUAAGCUCUCCCUUGCUCUGGAUCUCCGGUGGCUCAAUAGACCGUAUCAGCUAUUGUCUUCUAUAGCUCCACUUGACCCGCCUCCAAUAUCCAUAUUCGAGGCCUCCUUACCACAUUUAUGGUCAAUAUGGGAGUGCCUGAUGCUUUGCGAGCCCAUCUUGGUAUUCGGAUCUUCUCCCGCAGCCACGAGUCAAGCAGUUUGGUGGCUCAGGGAUCUGUUACGUCCUAUACCGCUUGCGAACGAUUUUCGUCCUUACUUUACCAUCCACGACAAGGAUCACGCUCUUCUGGUCAAUAAACUCCCACCUAAAUCUGGCCUUAUCUUGGGUGUGACCAAUCCAUUCUUCCAGAAGUCAUGUGCCCAUUGGCCUCACGUCUUGAGCGUAGGGCUGAAAGCAAGUCCGCGCCGCCAGGGGAAUACGACUAUUAUGGCAGGGCCGCCACCUGGAUGGUGUACAAGAACUCAUCGCCGAUACAUUUCCAAAGACCGCCAAGUAUUGAAAGCUGUCGAGAAAGCUUGUCAUGCAAGCGUCCAAGACAGGAUACAAGCAUCUCUGGACCUAAGAAGACACUUAAGUUCGCGCACCAACACCAUGCUAGUUCCUCUGAACAGAUACCUCAAUACUCUGAUACCCUCUCCGACGGAACGUACCACUGUUUCGGGCUGUCGACGUCUAAAACCCUUCAGCACUGUUGACUUUUUCUCUUCGCUUAAGGCAAAUGGCUCCCCUCUGCCGUUUAAGUCCGCGACUAAGCGGAGGGAAUUUUACGAAAGGUGGCUGAAAACGCCGGCAUUUGGGUUGUGGUUGGCGCAACAAGAGGAAGUAGUGCAUAGAACGCUGCAGGAUAAAUGGGCUGGCUGA